ACAAAAGGAUUUUAUUGCACCAAAGAUAAGUCACAUCCUGUGUAUUUCACCCUUUCUUUAGAAUGUUUGCUACCUGCUUAGGUAUCCUAAACUUGCUUUUAAUUUUGACUACAACUACGUGACUGUGCGAGGGAUUGCCGAACAGACAUGGGACGACUCUAGGACUACCGUAGACAAGAUUUUGACGGCUGUGGUGUGUACCAGGUGGACGAGUCGGAUGCUUCAAAAAAAGAAAAGCAUCGAAAAUGCUGGUGGGUUUCUGCGCCGAAGAGGGUGACGAAUUGUUAGUUUCAUAUAUAACCGAAAACGACACUUGGGCCCACUAAUUCACGCCAGAGACUAAGGGCCAAUCAUCAGCAGCUGUCUAUUCCUUUUUGUGCAACUCUGUGGGAAAGUGGAACGUUGCGGGUAUAAAAAAGCUUUCAGAGCUGAAAAGUGCUUUGAUCCUGACGGAGGCUACGUCAAAAAAAUAGGUAAAAGUGAAAGAUUUCAGAAUCUGUAUGCAAUAAAAUGAUCUUUACUAUGUUACAAAGCAAUGGGGACCCUUCAUUUACGACUGACCCUUGUAUAUAUUCUUUCAAAAAGCAGAGUGGGAAUGCCGUUCCCGCCACACUACACAUUGUACGAAUUUACAAAAAUGUGACUAGCACAGGUUUAAAUCGGUUUAGACCGAUCGACAUUUUGUUUGAUUCGGAUUCUUGGUGCUCCAAAACGUGUAUUUCCGUAAAAAAAACGGUGGGGGGUCAUUUUUUACCCCAAUAUAAUCACUCUCUUACUAACGUGCGGGUGUGUCUCGUCUUUGAAUACUAAUAGUCCGUGAGCGGUGGAUUGAUGAUCCACGUAGCCGUCAUAAUUGCAUACGGUGAGUUACCAAAAAGCUAUUCGCUGGCGCAUGUACAUACAAAUGAACGGAAUUUGGAAACAAUUCUCCGUGUCAAUUAUUUUGGAUCACCCGAUACAUAGUGGUUUUCGAUAUUGUGGUGCCAUCUAUCGGUACUUAACAGUGAAACUGAAAAGCUUUCUACUAUCAAAAAUCAGUUUGAAGUUUUUAAAACUUUUGUAACGGCUUUUGCCUUUUGACUGUUGUCUUGUGUUGAAGGUGGAAGUGUAUCGUAGAUCGCUUUAUAUACUAUUUUUAAGGCCCGUAAAAUGUCGAAAGAAGAAGAUAAACACGAAAUCCCCGAGAUAAUCGUCGAUACUAAUACGAAAAUUACUUACAAGAAAGGUAGAUUCUUUGGAAAGGGAGGAUUUGCGAAAUGCUACGAAAUCACCGAUACCAGCAACAAUCGAACUUAUGCCGGGAAAAUCGUUUCGAAGAAGUUAAUGUCCAAGCAAAAUCAGCGGGACAAAAUGACCCAAGAGAUACGAAUUCACAAGUCCUUAUCUCACAAGCAUAUUGUGGGAUUUUACGGUUUCUUCGAAGAUAGUCUGAAUGUGUACAUUGUUUUGGAAUUAUGCAGGCGGCGGUCGAUGAUGGAACUCCAUAAACGACGUAUGACACUAUCGGAACCCGAAACACGAUUUUAUAUGAAGCAAAUUUUAAACGGAGUUCAUUAUUUACAUAACAAUAAAAUUAUACAUCGCGAUUUAAAGUUGGGAAACCUAUUCUUGAACGACGACCUUCACGUAAAGAUCGGCGAUUUCGGUUUGGCCGCCCGCAUCGAAUUCGAAGGCGAAACUAAGAAGACGCUGUGCGGUACGCCGAACUACAUCGCCCCGGAAAUCCUAAACAAGAAGGGGCACUCUUUCGAAGUAGAUAUUUGGUCGAUCGGAUGCAUUAUGUAUACUCUCUUGGUCGGAAAGCCGCCGUUCGAAACUAGCAGCUUAAAAGAAACGUAUAAUCGAAUAAAGAAGUGCCAUUAUAAAUUAACCUCGACCAUUUCCCAGCCUGCUAGGCAAAUGAUAAUGACGAUGCUUCAGUCAGAUCCGAAGUCGCGACCGAAGGUCCAGCAAUUGUUGUCACACGAAUUUUUAACGAACGGUUACACGCCAACGUCUCUACCAAUUAGUUGCCUUACGAUGGCCCCUCGAUACGACAAUUUGGAAAAACCUCCACUACGUAAACCACUAAUUCAAAUAAAUGAUAACGCAAACGAAAUGGAAGUCGAUAUGCCUGCGCUUGUACAGUUGAGAGCGAACGAAUUAACUGUUAAGAAUAAUUUCAGUGCUCUUCGUGAUAUGUUAUUGCAGGUAAUCAGCUCGAGACCAGUGCGCAACCAGAAAUUCGGUGAUGAAAUGACGGAUCCUGCCGCACAGCCUUUGGUAUGGGUGUCGAAAUGGGUCGAUUAUUCGGAUAAAUACGGUUUCGGUUAUCAGUUAUGCGACGAUAGCGUCGGAGUUAUGUUUAACGAUACCACCAAACUAAUAAUGCUUCCAAAUGGGAUAAACGUGCAUUACAUAGAUAGAGCUGGAGAAGAAUCAUACAUGACCAUGGAGAAUUAUCCAAAAACCAUGGAGAAGAAAAUGAAAUUGUUAGCGUACUUUAAUCGUUACAUGCGUGAUCAUUUAAUCAAGGCGGGCGCUUCGGUCGUACGCGAGGCGGACUCUUUGUCACGUAUACCUCACUUGCACCAAUGGUGUCGAUCCACUUCCGGUGUACUUAUGGUGCUUACCAACGGAACUGUACAGAUCAACUUUACGGAUCACACCAAGAUCAUUAUGUGCCCAUUGAUGGCGGCGAUUACCCUAAUUGACGAAACGUCGUUUCGCACUUUCCGUUUUGCGUCGAUCGAAAAGAACGGUUGUAGUAUGGUUCUGUUUGAUAAGAUAAGGUACGCUUGUGACAAAAUUGCGGUAUUGCAAGAGCAGGCGAACGGUACCACUAAGUAACUAACUAAGUAACUAAUUUUAAUUUAUUGUACAAAUUUAUUAUUAGUUUUUAUAGUAAACUUAAGUGUUCUAUAUUUUAAA